AUUCUUCAGAAAUUGAAGAUUUUAAUUUGGCAACUCUGUACAGUACAUUUGUGUUAUCGCUCGUUGAAAAAAUACAGAACAAUAAAAUAUUGCAGGUCCAUUAGCAUUUCAUAGGGCCCUUGGAUUCCACUAGUUUUAUGUUUAUUGCAUUAUGAGUUACCAAGACGAAGAGGAACAAAUGGGAUACCAAGUUGGGUCGUUCCCGAAAGAUUUUGGAUAUGGUAAUUUUGAUCAUGAGGACAACGGCUCGCGUUCUGCGGAAGACAAGCCGCGAAUUCUGUUAAUGGGAUUACGUAGAUCUGGGAAAAGCUCUAUACAAAAAGUUGUUUUCCAUAAGAUGUCACCCAACGAAACACUUUUUCUAGAGUCUACUAAUAAAAUAGUAAAGGAUGAUAUCAACAACAGCAGUUUUGUCCAAUUUCAAAUAUGGGACUUUCCGGGACAGAUAGAUUUUUUUGACCCAACAUUUGAUUCGGAUAUGAUAUUUGGUGGAUGUGGCGCAUUAGUGUUUGUAAUUGAUGCUCAAGAUGAUUAUAUUGAAGCUCUUUCUAAACUAAACCAAACUGUCACCAAAGCACACAAAGUUAAUCCUAGGAUUAAGUUUGAAGUAUUCAUACAUAAGGUGGAUGGUGUUAGUGAUGACUUCAAAAUGGAAUCACAAAGGGACAUACACUCUAGAGCAACGGAUGAUUUGGCGGAUGCUGGAUUAGAAGGAGUUCAUUUAAGCUUCCAUCUAACUUCGAUUUAUGAUCAUUCGAUUUUCGAGGCAUUUUCAAAGGUUGUUCAAAAGUUGAUUCCUCAGUUGCCGACAUUGGAAAACUUAUUGAAUAUAUUUAUAUCGAACUCAGGAAUAGAGAAAGCGUUUUUGUUUGAUGUAGUUUCGAAGAUUUAUAUCGCAACCGAUUGUUCACCCGUCGAUAUGCAGAGUUAUGAAUUAUGCUGCGAUAUGAUCGAUGUCGUCAUAGAUCUAUCAUGCAUCUAUGGCUCGAAGGAUGACCCAGAUAUCCCCGCUUUUGACAAUCUCAGUUCCAGUCUGAUAAAGAUGAAUAACAGUACAGUUUUGUACUUAAGAGAGGUUAACAAGUUCCUUGCACUUGUGUGCAUUAUUCGAGAGGAAAAUUUUUCGCGCCAGGGAGUCAUCGAUUAUAACUUUCUAUGCUUUCGUGAAGCCAUCACUCAAGUGUUCGAAUUGAGAUUAAAAAAUCAAAAGUUGGAAGCAGUCGAUCAAGAUCCAGAUGAUCAAAGCGAUUAUAAUGGAUCAGUGCCCUUGAACGAAAGCAUAGCUGAAGAACUGGAACAUCAUAUGAAUAAGGCUUCCGUAGCAUAAGAAGCAGCUUACUUUUAUAUUUGACAUAGCUCGUUAAACAAAUUUAAUUCGGGUUUUCAAUGUAUUGAUACAUAUUUGUUUAUUGUUAUUUUGGGUUAAAAACUUCUUAUUGUUUCGUAUAUUCUAACCUGUUUGGAUAUAUAAAUUCUAUAGUUGAAAUGGUCUAAUCGUCCGUUCAUUUAGAAACUAAAUCUGAUUUUCACUCGCCUACCCUAGUUUGCACAUUCAAGCAUAAGUACUAUUUGCGUGUUUGCUCCGGUAGUCGCAUCAGUCAACAAUUCAUUAGUCUUGAUGAAAUUUUAGAGCUCGAGAUACUGUUUGUAUAUUCUACUUUACUAAUAUCAAAAUUAUGGAGUAUCUUCUGUAAACUUCAUUAGAAAAAAUAAACUAUUCUUAAUGCGUCA